UGGGAACAUAUUGAAAUUUUGAAAAGAUGGCUGAUUCAACCAGUAAUUCAACCACUGAGAACACUUGCAUAAUAUGCAAAUUGGCAUUUCAGAACAUCAACCUAUAUCAGAAUCACCUGAAGAGUAAUAAACAUCAGAUGAUAGUACAUCGUGCUUAUAUCAACAAUGUGAAAGAAACACAUAGCAUUUAUGUUUCAGAUUUACCAAACAUAGAAAAGAAGGAAGUGAUCAUGGAGUAUUUCUCCGAAUUUGGCGAGAUCGCAGAUUGUUAUUUAGGACACAACAACACAUUCGCUUUUGUGCAGUUUAGAGAUAUUUCAGUCGUAGAAGAGAUGUUGAAGAAGAAACUGACAAUAAACGGGAAGGAAAUAAAAGUGCAGAAACGAAAAAUUCGCGAGAGGCAUGAUAUCGAUUACCAAACUACGUCGGAUGACGCUCUAAAAGCCAUCGUUCUGAAAUUGAAACAUGUCGAUGGUGUUGACAAGCAGUUGGAAGAACUGCUGAAAUGGUUGCAACCUAGUCAGUUUGAGAAUAUUUCGAAAUAUGACUGCCUGUGUAGAGACCUGCAGGAGGUUUUGAAGAAACUGUUCCACGUGUGCGUUGUUUAUCCGUUUGGAUCGACGGUGACGGGUCUCGAUUUCGCUGGUAGCGAUGUCGAUGCAUAUGUGCAUGUACCCCAAAACAACGUAAAAAAUAACGUUAAUAUGGCGUCAAUUCAUGUUGACAAAUCCAAGAGGCAUCUAGAGAAGCAUAACAGAUUUGCACAUGUAGUUUCAAUACCUAGAGCGAAAACCCCUAUCGUUAAAUGCCUACACGUGCCUACGCAAAUAAAUUGCGAUUUUAACUUCAAGAAUAUGCUUGGCGUCUGCAAUUCUUAUCUAAUACGUUAUUAUAUAAAUCUUGACCCAAAGAUUAAGCCAAUGAUGGUUAUAUUGAAAUUCUGGGGAAAGGUUCAUGACCUAGUGGGCCCAACAAAGUUCUCCUCAUACUCUUUGAUGAUAAUGUUUAUCCAUUUUCUUCAGAAAUUCUACCAAUUACCCACAGUUGAAGUACUUCAACAUCCAAAUGCGCCUGUUAAUAUACAGGAUCGAUGGAAUGGUGGUAUCGAUGGUAAUUUUAGACCUUUACUGUCAAAGCUAAACUCCACGAGAAUGAUUGAUAUCAUUGUGCAGUUUUUCGAUUUUUACGCUAAAUUUGACUAUGCGUUAUAUGUGAUUGCGCCAUACUUGGGCUGCUCGAUACCAAGAACACAUUUUAUGCAACCCGAACUUUUACCGCCGCAAAAAUAUUACUUAUACUGCCGUAACAUCGAGUACAUAGGACCGAUCUGCACGAAUACUGCGAUAUGUGUGCAGGAUCCAUUUGAGCAUUCGUAUAAUAUCACCAGAGCAGUGACUUCGAGGAUUUUAGAGGAGUUCGUGCAGCUCUGCAAGCACGGCCACGAAAUUUUGACAAAUUCGCCUUGUCUUUAUAGACUGUUCAUUGAGGAAACCGGCGACGACAAGUUUCAACUCAAAGAUGGAGAGUGUAUUUUUAAACUUAAUAUGCCAUGCAAUCUGGAUUAUAUGUUUGCUGAAAAAAAGACCAUUACAAAUGACGAAAUCCGUGAAAUUUGGUAUGAAUCCAUCAAUACCUUUAUAACAAUGGUGCUGCAGAAAGUGUUCAUGUCGGAAGUAAAUAUAAGCAAGAAGGAAAUUAAAGGGAAAGCAAUAAAAUUAGAUGGACAAGCCGAUGUGUAUGAUAAGAAGAGCGUCGACUGUGUGAAAUUCAAUUGCGUGCAACGGAAGAAUACCUGGCUACGUCGGAAACUUAUCGCGAAGGACUUGAAUAUAGAUAUUAAUUUAAACGUCUUGGAAAAGCAAAUGCAAGUUUCCAAUUACAUUUCCGAAGUCAUCUACAAAGAUAUUACAUUUGAAACAUCUAUAUUUGAGUUUUCCUUGCUAAUGAAGUAUAUGGUAAAUCCGACCUGUAUGGAAUUUGAGUUAGGACUCACAACGGGGGAAACCAAGAACAACGACUUUUUUACAUUCGCGCGGUGUUUCGUCAUGUGGAUACCUCAGUGGUACAAUCAAUACCACGAGAACCAAUUGAACCAGUGGAAGAAGACUACCAAGGCCGAGGCAAAAGGCAAGAACAAAGACGAAACUGACAAGGAAAUCAAAACAGAUGCUUUAACCAAAAUAUAUAUUGACGUUAUACUGCAUGAACUGAUUGCAAUGGAUGUAAAGGACGCAACUUGCCAAUUAAAAGUGGAGCAUGUCUCUGAUGAAGAAGAUGAUGCAGGAUUGGAGGAAGUUCCUGAUGAUUUCUUUGAUGACUUUUCGAAUAAAGAGUUUCUUGCUGGAUUGGAUGUCGUUGAUGCAUGGGAUGGGGCGUCUGAUGCUAAAGAGGAUGUCUGUGAUGAGAAUGUUGAAGAGGAAUGUGUAUCAACAAAUAAAAUAGAUGGUAAUGUAUCUAAUAUAAUUAAACAGGAGAUUGAGGAAACUAGUGCAACUCAGGUCAUUGAACCAAAGAAAGUUGAUAAAACUAAAAAAUCUCCAGAGAAAAGUGAUAUGGAAAGAUUUGAAGCGAAACAAAAUGAAGAUAUAAAGGAUAUCCAAACAUUGGUUAAACAAGAAUUGGAAGUGCCACAGAAAACAGAAAACAACUUGAAACAGGAACAGUUAACUUCUGCAGUUAAUGCUGAAGAAGAACCAAGUGAUAGUGGAAGUUCCAAGAAGCUAGAAACAUCCACGGAUAGUCAAGUGAAUGAUACUAAAAUAAAAAAAGGAAAUGAAGAAAAGAAACUAAAUGUCUCAUUAAAACCAAUUGAUAGUCUCAUUAAUAAAACAUGCACUAAUAAAAAGGAAAGUGUAAAUUCAAAAUCUAGUACUAAAACAAAGCCAUCUGGGAAUGGAAGUAAGGAAAACUCAAAUCGCUCUGUGAAUAGUUCUAAAACUGCCUCUCCUGAAGAUAGUGCUCCGAAGAAAGUUGUAGAUAAUAAGAGCAAAUGUGCAAAUACUAAAGAAACUUCAACUGUGAAAAGGGAUAGUAAAGUGAAGCAAAAUGUGGAAGAGAAACACGGAACUAAAAGACAAAGAAGUGAGUCUAAAGAUUCUUUGAAGUCCGAUGAUAGAAAAAAGCAGCAUAUUCGUCGAGAUGUUAAGCAAAAAGAGAAAGAAAAAGAAACUGCUAAGCAAUUGGAAACUCGUAGGGAUCCGAAAAAAAGAGAUAGAGAUAUCGAGCGUGAUAAACUUAAAUGUGCUAAAGACAAAGAAGCCAAGUUGAUCUCUGAAAAGUUGCGUGUAGUAGAGACGGGAUUGGUCCCACCAGGUACAGAAAUGGAUUGUGAUAUGUUCACUACUAAAAAAAAUGACAAACGCACUAGGAGUCCAUCCGGUUACAAGCCAUUAUUGUCACUUAGUCCGUCACCAAAACGUUCUUGCGAUAGACGUUACGAUCGGCGGUAUUCUCCUGACAGAAAGUUGGAUAAUUUGCGUAAGACAUCCCCGUUAAAACGCGUUCGGCCAUUCAGGCAAUCGCGCAGCAUAUCGCCGAUUCGCAAAUAUUCCCCACGAAGAUCUCCUUUCAGGUCAAGGUAUAUCCGACCUUCUCCACAAAGGAGACGAAGCUGGAGCCGGGAUUCUCCGAACAGAGACAGGAUACGAGAUUCACCGCCCCGCAAGAGAACAUUUCUCGAGGAAUUGGACGAGAAACUGGCGCAGAAGCGUUUGCAGGAAAUACAACAAAAAAUCAACGGCAGAAGAGCUGCUGCUGCUGCUGCAGCUGCAGCCGCUGUUUCAGCUCCUCUUCCAGUACCAGCUCCCGUUCCCGCUCCAAUGCCUGUCACAGCACCCAUCCCGAUGCCAGUUGCUCCGCCCAUAGUUCCACUCAUGCAGCAAAUGGUACAACCUCAAAUAAUGCCAUACAAUAUGCAAAUGUACAACCAUCCCGCAUCCGUACUUUACGACCAACAAUAUUUUAUUGGUCAUCCAACGUACGCCCAACCUACACCAGAGCCAAAUUUAUACAACCAGUAUAAUGCUCAGCCUAAUUCUUCAUUUCAACAAAAUCAUAAUGACGAAGUUGAAAAACUUUUCAAUGAUGAUAAAAUUAAGCUGACCGACUUUUUGUGCAUCACUAGUCGAGCGAAUGAUGAAAUACCUGCAAAUAUAGGCAAUAAGAUCAAAGUGAUAGCCCAAAGUCAGGAUGCUAUAAAAAUAGCAACCGAGUACUCCACACCGUCUGGACGUUUUAUUUUUAAGAAUACUGUAAACAAAUUGGCGGACAAACAGGAAGUUUUGAGCAACUGGUCACCAUUGCGCAAAACUCCGGUCACUCGUCUCAGUUUCAUCACUAAAAAGAACGAGAGGCCUCUGAGGACACCGAUGUCGGUGCUGCUCGCCAAGCUAGGACUUACGAGCAAUCAACCAAUAAUAGAGGACGUAGAUGUUGAUGUGGUAGAACCACCUCCGAAGGAAAGCAUGUGCGCGAGGAUGACUCAAACGGAACCAGAAACUUGUGAGAAGUGUGAGCAACGAAAUCAGAUAAAGUACGUCGAUGUCGGCAUUCAAUGUGAAAGUUCUGGCAGUGUAGACUUUGGAUGUCAGGUGCGCGAAGAUGACUUCCUGACUACUGCCCGAUCGGCUUUGCAGAAUCUCAUCAAGACUCAGUCCUUGGCUUCUUUGACCCCCGCUCAAAUACUGGCAUCGCUUUCUGAAAAAGCUGAAUCCCUGAAGGAAACCGUGUCUGUUUCAAGGAAGUCAGACGAGGUUAUUACAGAGAAGCCAUCAACUGAAACUGAUGCAACUCGCCGAGAUUACGAUCGGAGGAGGCCCAGAGAUCAUUCGACGGACAGGAUGGAAGGUAGAAGAUCUAUACCGGAUGAGGACAGCAGAAUGGAGGAAAGAUGGUCCAGGGACAACUACGAUACCAGCAGGAAUGACAGGAGGUCCAAUUCACUGGAUUGGAGAGUGGAAGAAAGUUGGUACGCGGAUGAUCCUCAACCAUUGAUGGAAGACACCAGGUGGUCCAGGGAAGACUGUUAUGAGAGGAGGUACGGCGGCGAUUAUAAUAGACCAUACAGGAGGGAAUCUGAGAUCUGGGAUGAUAUGAGCAGAGGAAGUGGAAGUGUAACCAACCGCUAUCCACCGCCGCUGAUGCAGAGAGGUUCACGAUUUAAUAACGCCCACUUCAACGGACCAUCCCACGAUAGCUUCACCGAAGAUGUGACUCCAGGACAUUUCUUCAAUGCAAGAAGAUACUAGACAUACAUUUGUAUAUAUAUAUACUUAUUUGUAUAUAUAUACACACUU